AAAUAAAAAAAAAAAAAAAUUUUUUUGGGGAAAUAAACGGUCGACAUAGUACUUAUUUAUAAAUUAUGACCAAAAUAUUUAAUUUUUCAACUGGAAACCAAAAUUGUUCAAAAAUUCAAACGCAACCACCAACGAUCAAAGAAAUCUCAGACCCAGUUCCCAUAUAUAUAUAUAUAUUUUUUGACAAUUCCGGUGUUGAAAUAAUUGGAAGAGUAUAGCCGCUCGUUUUGAGUCACGCCCUGAGAAUACUUUUAACGGCUAGAUUCCUCUCAUUUUCCAAUCCAACGGCUGUAAUUUCUACUCUACAAUUUGCGAAAAGAUAAAAAAAAAAAAAAAUUUCUGAUACUUUUUGUUCGAUUAUUUAUUUAUUUUUUUGGCUUUUUUUAGGGUUUUGUUGUGGGGAAACAAAACAGUAAUCUUGCCCUGUGGUAGAUAGUUGACGCUGAACAUCUGCUAAGUUAUUCUACUCAAGGGUCAAUUUUGUUACUAGUCUUCUCUGAUGGCCUGGGGAAACAUCUGCAGAAGACGCAUGAAAGUAUUCGCAGUGGCUAUAAUAAUAUACCUAGAUUACAAGGCUAUACAACAAAGAGAGAAAUGGACCAGCAAAUCAAAAAGAGCUGCUUUAUGGGAGAGGGCACACGAGCGCAAUGCUAAACGUGUUCUCAACUUGAUUGUAGAGUUGGAAGGUUUGUGGGUAAAGCUUGGGCAAUACCUGUCAACACGCGCUGAUGUGCUUCCUCAGGCUUAUAUAGACCUUCUCAGGCAGUUGCAGGAUUCUCUUCCUCCUCGUCCUUUGCAAGAGGUUUGUCGGAAUAUAGAGAAAGAGUUGGGCAAGCCAAUGACUGAUAUGUUCUCAGAUUUUGUGAAAAUUCCUCUUGCAACUGCAUCAAUAGCACAAGUACAUCGAGCAACUCUGCUUAAUGGCCAGGAGGUAGUAGUUAAAGUCCAACACGAGGGCAUCAAGGCAGUCAUAUUGGAGGAUUUGAAGAAUGCAAAGUCAAUUGUCGACUGGAUAGCUUGGGCAGAGCCUCAGUAUAAUUUUAAUCCAAUGAUAGAUGAAUGGUGCAAAGAAGCUCCUAAAGAACUUGACUUCAAUCAUGAAGCUGAAAAUACUAGAACAGUGUCUAAAAACCUUGGCUGCAAGACGAAAGAUGAUGGUAACGUGAAUACAAAUCGAGUGGAUGUUUUGAUUCCAGAUGUUAUUCAGUCAACAGAAAAAGUCCUCAUUUUAGAGUAUAUGGAUGGCAUUCGGUUGAAUGACUCUGAAUCACUGGAAGCUUUUGCGAUUGACAAACAAAAGAUUAUUGAAGAAAUUACACGUGCAUAUGCUCACCAAAUCUAUAUUGAUGGUUUCUUCAAUGGUGAUCCUCAUCCUGGAAAUUUUCUAGUGAGCAAGGAACCUCCGCAUCGUCCAAUUUUACUUGAUUUUGGGCUUACAAAAGGACUGUCGAGGUCUAUGAAACAGGCUCUAGCAAAGAUGUUUCUGGCAUCUGCUGAGGGGGACCAUGUAGCUCUUUUGUCUGCUUUCGCAGAAAUGGGACUUAAGCUGCGCCUGGACAUGCCAGAGCAGGCAAUGGAUGUAACAACUGUAUUCUUUCGUAAUUCAACAUCUGCAAAGGAGGCUUUGGAAACAAUGAAAGCUUUGGCUGAGAAUCGAAACAAAAACUUGAAGAUUAUACAAGAGAAGAUGAAAUUCACCCAAAAAGAGGUUAAACGCUUUAAUCCUGUUGAUGCAUUUCCUGGUGAUAUUGUGAUUUUUACACGGGUCCUUAAUCUUCUUAGAGGGCUUUCUUCGACAAUGAAUGUUCGCAUAGUAUAUCUUGAUAUCAUGAGACCAUUUGCCGAAUCUGUUCUGCAGGGGAGCAUUAAUAAGGGACCAAUGGUUAAUGAUCAGUGGAUAUAUGACACACCUGUCCUCUCUGAGGUGGAGGCCAAGCUGAGGAAACUUCUAGUUGAGCUAGGGAAUAACAACAAAAUACUUGGAAUCCAGGUAUGCGCCUACAAAGAUGGAAAGGUUAUUAUUGACACUGCUGCUGGAGUGCUUGGUAAAUAUGAUCCCCGUCCAGUUCAGCCAGAUAGCCUAUUUCCAGUUUUCUCUGUAACAAAGGGUGUCACGGCAGGAAUGCUGCAUUGGCUGGUUGACAAUGGAAAGUUGAAGCUCGACGAAAAUAUUGCAAAUAUAUGGCCCGAAUUCGGAUCAAAUGGAAAGGAUCUUAUAAAGGUCCAUCAUGUGCUUAACCAUACAUCUGGUCUGCACAAUGCCAUGGCAGAUGUUGUUAAAGAAAACCCACUUCUGCUGUCUGACUGGGAUGAAUGUCUGAAUAACAUUGCAAUGUCAGUACCCGAGACUGAACCUGGACAGGUCCAGUUGUAUCACUAUCUAUCUUUUGGCUGGCUCUGUGGUGGAAUUAUUGAGCAUGCAUCUGGGAAAAAGUUUCAGGAGAUUCUUGAAGAAGCAUUGAUUCACCCCCUCCAAAUUGAAGGCGAGCUAUACAUUGGAAUUCCACCAGGGGUAGAAUCUCGACUUGCAGCCCUCACAUUGGACAUAGAUGAUCUGAGCAAGCUCUCUGAGCUGAGCAGUCGGACUGACCUGCCCUCUACCUUCCAGUCAGGCAACAUUUCUCAAGUUGUAACAACACUACCUGCUAUCUUCAACAUGCUUAACACUCGUCGUGCUAUCAUACCUGCCGCUAACGGACAUUGCUCGGCUCGUGCACUUGCACGUUAUUAUGCAGCCCUAGUUGAUGGCGGUGUGGUUCCACCUCCGCAUCCCUCUUCCUCAAAACCUCUGCUUGGUAGCCACCCUCACAUCCCUAAAUUUUCAUCCGAAAAACCACCCAAAAAGCAAAAAUGUAGCAAAAAUAAAGAAGUAGUUGCUGUCUCAAAGUUUAAAAACAAACGCUACGAUCAAAAUCAAAAUCAUGGUAAAGAUGUUGAAAUUGGUAAUCAUAGUAGAGACAUAAGCACCGAUAGUUUAAGUAGGCUUGUUGACGAUGCUAGCACUAGCAAUAGUAGAAAUGACUCUAUCAUAAGUGAUAACACCCUAAGUAAUUGUGGUGGUAAGAUGUUUAGUAACCCUAGAAUUCAUGAUGCUUUUAUGGGUGUGGGUGAAUGUGGGAAUUUAGCAUUGCCAGAUGGGAGAUUUGGAUUAGGUUUUAGGAAUUACUUUUCGAAGGAGGGUUCUAUUAUUGGAUUUGGACACUCUGGAAUGGGUGGAUCAACUGGAUUUUGUGAUAUAGAAAAUAGGUUUGCUAUUUCUGUGACCUUGAACAAAAUGUCAUUGGGUGCUGUUACCGCCAGUGUCAUUCAUUUGGUUUGUUCCGAGUUGAAUAUUCCAGUUCCAGAGGAAUAUUUGAGACUUAAAGAGAUGGGUUCUGAUGCACAAUUAAGUUUAGGUAGACCUUUGAUAAAUUGAUAAUGGAAAAAGGAAAGUUGCCUUUGAUUUAUGGAUCGAAUAUAUUUAUAUUGUAAUAAUUUCUUUUGUAUCAUAGCUUAUACAGGAAUAUCUAUAUGUACUAGUAAAAUAUAUUCAUUUCAAAUAUGUCCCAACUUUGGUCGUAGAAUGUGUUAGAAAUUUCUUGGAUAUCAAAUUUAGUUGCCAAGUA